UUAUUGUCCGUCAGUCAGUCGAUUUAUUCAGUCCAAAUUGUGGGGAACGGGUUUUUAACGCUUAUUGGAAACGGUAGUGAGGUGUUAGCGCAGUACUAAGAAGAAAAAAAUAUAAAUAUUUUCCUUUUGAAAUGUGAUAAAAAUUAACAAAAUUAUUAAUUUGCUAAAAAUGUUAAGUGAAAGAAAAUUAAAACGAAUAUAAAGCUAAAUAAAGAUAUCUAACAAAAAUUUAAUAGAUUAGGAGAGGUGUUAUAAAAAACGGGAGAAUAAAAAAAGUGGAAAAAAUAAAAAAAUUUACAAAAGCAAUGCACUAUGAACAAAGUAGACGAUAAGACAAACAAUACAAUAACAAUGGAGCAACAACUGCCUUUCACUACAGCGAAAAAUACUGAAAACCUAGUGGAGCUGGAUACAUUGAACAUAAUGAACAAUACAGAUGCGACAAAUACGCACAAAGAAAUACGAUUGCCUAUUAUAGGCAUGACCUGUCAAAGUUGUGUAAGAAAUAUUGAAGGCAAUAUGGCCACAAAACCUGGUAUAAUCUCCUGCCGAGUGGAGUUAGACGAAAAAGCUGGUUAUUUCAGCUACGAUACGACACAGACAAAUCCCACAAAAAUUGCCUUUGAAAUUGACGAUAUGGGCUUUGAAUGCUCUUAUAAUGAAGAAAAUGUAAAUAAUGGACAAACACAUCAAGAAAAUGGACAAACAAAUGACAAAUGCCUGGUGCGUGUUAUAGGCAUGACCUGUCAAAGUUGUGUUAAAAAUAUAGAAGGUAAUAUAGGCACUAAAAAGGGCAUUAAAAGCAUUAAGGUUAGUUUAGAGGACAAACAGGCGUUAGUGGAAUUUGAUGCAACUAUACUAAACUCCAAAGAAGUGGCCGAAAUGAUUGACGAUAUGGGUUUUGAGGCCAGUGUUUUAGAUACAAAUUCACCCCUCAAAAAUAGUCCCAUAAUAACGAACAACAAAAAUUCCCAUACACCCUCAUCUUCUCCCAAAAAAUCACCCACCACCAAUGGUCAUGCUACCACUUUGGCCAUAGAGGAUCAAUUACUUUCCAAAUGUUUUCUUCAUAUACGUGGUAUGACUUGUGCCAGCUGUGUGGCUACUAUAGAAAAACAUUGUCGCAAAAUUUAUGGCAUUGAUAGUAUACUGGUGGCUUUAUUGGCUGCUAAGGCGGAAGUUAAAUACAAUGCCAAUGUCAUUAGCCCGGAAAGUAUAGCAAAAUCUAUUACGGAAUUGGGUUUUCCUUCGGAAUUGAUAGAGGAACCCAAUAGUGGUGAGGCCGAAGUAGAGAUUGAAAUUAAAGGCAUGACUUGUGCUUCCUGUGUUAAUAAGAUUGAGACUCAUGUGCGUAAAUUGAAAGGUGUAACAGCUGCUGCGGUUACUUUAAUAACUAAACGGGGAAAAUUCCGCUAUAAUACCGAACUGACUGGUCCUCGUAAUAUAUGUGAAGCUAUCGAACAAUUGGGCUUUGAAGCCCAUCUACUUUCCGGCAAAGAUAAAAUGGCCCACAGUUACUUAGAACACAAAGAGGAGAUACGCAAAUGGCGUACAGCUUUUCUUGUUUCACUCAUAUUCGGCGGACCCUGUAUGAUUGCCAUGAUCUAUUUUAUGGCCGAAAUGGGCAAUAAAGGACACGCCAAUAUGUGCUGCAUAGUGCCGGGUCUUUCAAUGGAAAAUUUGGUAAUGUUUUUACUCUCCACUCCCGUGCAGUUCUUUGGUGGUUGGCAUUUUUAUGUACAAUCCUAUAAGGCCAUUAAACAUGGCACCACCAAUAUGGAUGUAUUGAUUUCUAUGGUAACCACUAUAUCCUAUAUAUACUCGGUGGCAGUGGUUAUAGCGGCCAUAUUAAUGGAACAAAACUCUUCACCAUUGACAUUUUUCGAUACACCACCCAUGUUGUUGAUUUUCAUUUCAUUGGGCAGAUGGUUGGAGCAUAUAGCUAAGGGUAAGACCUCUGAGGCUUUAUCAAAGUUGUUGUCCUUAAAGGCAGCCGAAGCGGUAUUGGUGGAAAUCUCUAAGGAUUUUGAAAUUACCUCGGAAAAAGUCAUAUCGGUGGAUUAUGUACAACGUGGUGAUAUUCUUAAGGUUAUACCAGGUGCCAAGGUUCCGGUAGAUGGCAAAGUUUUAUACGGCCACUCGACUUGUGAUGAAUCGCUGAUUACGGGUGAAUCUAUGCCGGUAGCUAAACGUAAAGGUGCUGUAGUUAUAGGUGGCUCUAUCAACCAAAAUGGUGUUAUAUUAAUAUCAGCCACACACACGGGUGAGAAUACUACACUGGCACAAAUAGUACGCUUGGUGGAAGAGGCUCAAACCUCUAAAGCUCCCAUCCAGCAAUUGGCCGAUAAGAUAGCGGGCUAUUUUGUGCCGUUUGUUGUGGUAGUCUCAAGUGUUACGUUGAUAGGCUGGAUAAUAGCAGGUUUCAUAGAUCCGGGCUUGGUGCCAGUAGCCAGCGAACAUAAGGCACACAUGGACACCAACACCAUAGUGGUGAGUUAUGCUUUUAAGUGUGCUUUAAGCGUUUUGGCUAUAGCCUGUCCCUGUGCUUUGGGCUUGGCUACACCCACAGCGGUAAUGGUGGCUACUGGUACGGGAGCCAUAAAUGGCAUUUUGGUUAAAGGAGCCACUGCUUUGGAAAAUGCUCAUAAGGUUAAAACUGUGGUCUUUGACAAAACCGGCACCAUUACACACGGCACACCCAUGACUUCUAAAGUUAUAAUGUUUGUUAAACCGGCCGUGUGUAGUUUAGCUAGAGCUCUUACCAUAGUGGGAGCCGCAGAGUCGAAUAGUGAACAUCCCAUAGCCUCGGCCAUAGUACGUUUCGCCAAAGAAAUGUUGUCUCAAGAAUCAUUGGGUAAAUCCGAAAACUUCCAGGCGGUUCCUGGAUGUGGCAUUAAAGUCACCGUCUCCCACUAUGAUUCAGCCUUAAGACAAGCUUGCAAUGCGGAAAAAAUCAUCAAUUUCGAAAAUAGUUAUCGUUCACAUGGCAAUAAUAUACAACAAGCACCCAUACAAUUGGAAAAUGGUGUUUCCAUCACCGAACUCAUUUCUCAUCCUGCUGAAACACAACGUAUACUAGCCGCUCAACAGCAACAACAUUUACAAUUACUACAAUUAGAUGAUAAUCACCCAAACGCCGAGCCAGUAGGUGAUGCUGUUAAUGCCAUUUUGGGCAAUGAAAUCCAAGUACUUAUUGGUAAUCGUGAAUGGAUGUUGCGUAAUGCCAUUAAUGUUUCCAGUGAAAUUAAUUCCGCUAUGAUUGAAGAGGAAUCUAAGGGUCAUACUGCCGUGUUGUGUGCUUUAAAUGGUCAAUUAGUUUGUAUGUUUGCUGUUUCGGAUAUGGUUAAGCCGGAGGCUCAUUUGGCCGUCUAUACCUUAAAGAAAAUGGGCAUUGAGGUGAUAUUAUUGACGGGAGAUAAUAAAAAUACUGCAGCUAGUAUAGCCAGAGAGGUGGGCAUCACUCGUGUAUUUGCUGAAGUUUUACCCUCCCACAAGGUGGCUAAAAUCCAGGGUAUACAAGAGUCCGGCAAACGUGUGGCCAUGGUGGGUGAUGGUGUCAAUGAUAGUCCUGCUUUAGCUCAAGCUGAUGUUGGCAUAGCUAUAGCAGCGGGUACAGAUGUGGCAGCUGAGGCAGCCGAUGUGGUGCUUAUGCGUAAUGAUCUCUUAGAUGUGGUGGCCUGUUUGGAUUUGUCACGCAAAACUGUAAAACGCAUACGAUACAAUUUCCUUUUCGCCAGUAUGUAUAAUCUUUUAGGUAUUCCCCUGGCCUCGGGUAUAUUUGCACCCUUUGGUAUUACAUUACAACCCUGGAUGGCAUCGGUAGCCAUGGCGGCUAGUUCGGUGUCAGUGGUAUGUUCUUCUUUGUUAUUGAAAUUCUAUCGUAAACCUACCGCUGUUACUUUGCGCACUGCUGAGUAUAUGCAAUAUGUAGCCACCUCUAAAGAACGUGAACCGGAUCAAUUGUCUUUGCAUAGAGGUUUAGAAGAUUUACCCAGACGUCGUGCUUCCAGUACCUCGUUGUUAUCACGUAUAUUACUACGCUCGGGUAGCGUUAAAAUGGAUCCUCAUCAAGACUCUUUAUUGGCUGGAGAUGAGGGUGAUUAUAUACAACCAAAAAUUGUUAAAAGUAAAAAUCUACAAGACGUUACUGAAAUGCAAAAACUUUAAAAUUGAAUUAUUUAAGAAAAUAACAACAACAGGACUUUUGUCUUUCCAUUAACGUCAUUUUUUUUUUUUUUUAAUUAAGGCGAUCAGUCAUUAAACAUGCAACAAAUUAUUAUUGUUAUUCAUUUAAAAUAUGAACUAAAUUUUCCUUAUUUUUUUGUAUAUUUUUCUUCACAAAUUUCCUUAAUUAAUUGGAAAGUUAUGUGUUAAUUUUAUGUUUUUGUUAAUUUUUUUUUUCGUUAUUUUUUUCUUCGAACAUUUAUUAAAACAAAAAAGAUAUCUAAAAAACUUUAUAAUAAGCCAAUAAUAUAAACUGUGAAUACUAUUAAGAUUUAUUUAAAUUUCUAAUAUUGUAUUUUUUUGUAUAUUAUAUGAAAAACUAUAAAACAAAGAAAGAAAUGUGACCAGCAAUUGCUUUUUUUUCAGGCAGAUGCUCAAAACUAUAUGAAAACAAAAACAAAUAUAUUAUUGUUAUAAAUCUAAAUAAAACAUAUUUUUUUAUACGAAUCCUUAAAUAUAUAUACAUAUA